CAUUUCCCCCCAUUGUCAAAGCGCUCGUGAACAGGAAGAGGGAAACGAAAGCGGAGACGGACGAGGGGGGGGCGGGCGGCGGGGGGUGGAGCGGCUCCGACGUUAUUUAAACACGCCGCACCAUGAGGCACGCCUGGGGGUACAUGUGCAGGAGAGAGCUGCGGACAGCACGGACGCGGAGAUCUGCAGGAGCGACCCGCUGAUCGGAUCGGAUCGGAUCGGAUCCUCGGCGUCUUUCGGCCGUCCCCGGAGUCGCUGCAGGACAUGAGAGGCGCGGAGGUGAUCACCGCGAGUCAUCGCCUCAGGAAACGAUGACGGCGUCCUCCAUCGUCGCUUUAGCUGCUUAGAGGAAACCUCCUUUUUUUGCCACCGCUUCAUGCGGGAUUUUGCUUUAUGCUCAUUUUAGACGAAAUUAAGUCCGUCAAAAUCACCCGACAGAUUGCGGAGUAGGAGCAGGUGCAGUGCGCCUGCCGUGCAGUCCGGCGGGUCGUGGACUCAGACCCCCCUUCAUCUGAAUCCGCUGCAAGAAUGGCAUCUACUAUAGAGAGGAAAACACUGGAGGCCAAUGAGGAGCCGGUGGACGAGGUCCUCCAGAUGCCGCCCUCCCUGCUGACAUGUGGCGGGUGUCAGCAGAGCAUCGGGGACCGGUUCUUCCUGAAGGCCAUCGAGCAGUACUGGCACGAGGACUGCCUGAGCUGCGACCUGUGCGGCUGUCGGCUCGGAGAGGUUGGCCGGAGGCUUUACUACAAGCUGGGAAGAAAAUUAUGUCGUCGGGAUUAUCUCAGGCUCUUCGGUCAGGAUGGUCUCUGCGCCUCCUGCGAAAAGAGGAUCCGGGCGUUCGAGAUGACGAUGCGGGUGCGGGACAAGGUUUACCAUCUCGAGUGCUUCAAGUGUGCUGCCUGCCAGAAGCACUUCUGCGUGGGGGAUCGCUACCUUCUCAUCAACUCGGACAUCGUGUGCGAGCAGGACAUCUUUGAGUGGACCAAGCUCAACCAUAGCAGCGUGGUUUAGGCCGUUUAUCGGCGUGACUUUUCAGGCCAUUUUGAUGAACAAGCUGUCUUCUAAGCCCACGUAGGCUCAUUCAAGCAAUACGCCUGGAAUAAAAGGAGGAGAGGAGUUUACAACUCAGUAUUUCUGCAUGCAACCCUGCACUUAAAAUUAAAACAUUUCUAAUCCAAAGCUUCAUUCCUGAAAGCAAAAAACAACAAGAACAACGACAAAAAAAGACUCAACCUGUUUAAAUUUGCUAUACACUGUGAUUUUUAAUGAUAUAAAUGAACAAAAAAGCUAAAUAUCUUGGUUAUGUUUAAACAUUUUUUCAGGUCUUUCACAGUCGGACACUGUUGUAAACUACUUCCUGUAGUGCUGUAUAACAUGAUUACUAAGCUUCCAUUUGCUGGUUUUGUAUUUUUGAAUUGCAUUGAAAAAAAUUAUACAAGUCAAAAUAA